UCUGCUACAGAACAGCACAUUUCAAAUUUCGCUCCUCCUGAUUCCUGAAGAUUUCUUACAGGGCAAGGGGCCUGAAGAUUUUGUAAUUGACCAGCCGGCCCAAUCAACGUCACAACAGCCGUGAACUUUCCACCGUUGCCGGAGACACUUCGCGCCUUUGGGGACGGGUUGCGUGCGGCAUCUUGCGUGUUCUCCGCGUGGCCUGCGCGCACUUCAGAGUGUGCUCCGCGUGACUUGUCCGCGCGGGUUGCGCCAUGGCGGAACAGGCAGGAGUUCGCCUCCCCGCGCGGUCCACGCGCGGAAAGCGAAUGUCCGAGCUGGUGGGGGAGGAUUUAGAUGCGGAUGAGGAGUUUUGGAAUCAGAAGGCAUUUCAGGAGCCUGGCCUGGCAUGUGUUGGCAUGGCAUAUGGCAUGGUAUGGCACGGCAUGGCUUGUGUUGGUAUGGCAUAUGGCAUAUGGCAUGGUAUGGCAUGGCAUGGCAGGAGACGGAGGAUGUGGAGUAUGCGAUGGAGGGGGAGAUGGAAGAUGUAUUCGACAGCGACUUUGAUGACGAUGAGCCAGACAAUGAGGAGGGGGAAGCCAGUGCAGAAGUGAAAGAAAGGCCUGCCAAGCGCCGUCUUCUGCCUCCAGGGGCCAAGAAGAAGGCCAAGAAGCCAGCAAAGGCGGCAAAGAAGGGAGCAGGAGGGAAGAAGGCUGGCGUGGAGAAGGAGACAGCUGGAGUGGAGGAGGAGAGGGGGGGUUCUGAGAGAGGGGAGAGCGCAAAGAGUAAAGCUGGGAAGAAGAGUGGGCCUAGCAAGAAUAAGCAGAGUCGCGAGCUGGCGAUGCUUAGGCUGGGUCGAUUGAAAAAGGAGGGAGAGGGGGGAGAGAAGGGAGAGGACGGACAAGGGGAAGAGCUGACUGGUAUUGAAGAAAUUGCCGGCGAUGCGGCUGUGGAUUUGACAGAGGAGAACUGGGAAGCGGGAGGGGGGAGAGGGGGAGGGGGAGUGGAGAGGAGGAAGUCGACACGGACAGCGGUGGUCGUGAGGGACAUGGAGCGGCAGGCCAUGCGGGCUGCUAGGGAGGGCGCGCCUAAGGUGGUGAGGAGAAAGAAGGAGGGCGAGAGGCGGUGGACGCAGGAAGAGAUGCUGCUAGAGGCAGCACAGACAGAGAUUCUCAACCGAGAGGCCCUGGAGGUGAUGCUCGCCAGGGAGGAGGAGGUGAAGCGGAAAGCGGUUGUUGAGAAGGCGAUAUUUGGCGGGCCGCAGAUCCGAUUCCAUUCAAAGGAUGGGAAAAACACGCUCGAAUUCACUAAGGUGACGGCCAUGCCUCCUGAGAUUAACGCAAAAGCGCCCCCCUACCCUGCCAAACCCACCUGUGCUAUCACAGGUCUACCAGCAAAGUACAGAGACCCACUGACAGGCCAGCCAUACGCGACUGUGGAGGCCUUCAAAGUCCUCCGGCAAAUAUGGCAAGAAGACCAAGCAACGAAGAGGAAGCUGAAGAAAGCAGCAAAGGCAGAGGCCAGAUUGAAAUCAAAGGCAGGAGGAAUGGAUGGGAAGGGACAUCAAGACACUGAUGAUAGACCAAUGCCAGGGACCCAGCAGUUUUCCACUAGCAAGGGACGAAUUGUGUUGGGUAACGCUCGUGCGCUGCCUGCUUCUAGCACGCAUGUUGCUCGCAUUCCAGGGAGCAAACAGAGGACAAGCUUGUAGCCAGGAUUGCAGGAUUAUGGAGCUGAUGUGACCCGAUCGCAUCAGCUUGUAGCCAGGAUUUUGUACAUAAUCUGGCAUGGAGCUGAUGUGACGGCGUUACGAAUUGCAGCAUGAUUAUAUCAGCUCUGUCAUAUCAGUUCUGUUAUAUCGGCUCUGUUACCGUAUAUC